AUGAAUCGCUGCAUUCCCUUGAAACCCAUGCGCUCUCAGACUCAACCAAGAGGACCACCAACUCUACAAACCGAAACGCAGACUUUCGGAAUCAAUACAAUCACCAUUAAAUCAGGAAGUUAUUGGUGUAAUUAUAAGAAUUUCAUGGCGUCUAGCCGUUACAAGGACUGCGAUAUUCUUAGGCACUUAGUAUCCCUGAGGAUUCCAUCAACGCUAGCAGGCUCGUCCUUCUGUCCUAACCGCUCUCAUUACCUACACAAUUCUACUCCUUUGGCUUUCGGUGGGCUACACGUCAACUUCUACUGCUACAUACAUCCCCACUUCAGCAACAAUAACCCUGAAUAUGAUAUUCGAACAGUUGCUCUUUUCACCGCACUUACCGAGGCAGCGCCGCCGAAGGCAUCAUUCCGUCUGACUCUCUCUCUCCCUGUCUCCAGGGUGAGCGAGCAAGACAACGGAUGGCUGGAGCAGUUCACGACCCUGGGGUGGCGCCACAGCGAGGCCCUGCGCACCCUGAAGGCGUCGGGGCGCCAGGGCUCGAGGGACAUCGCCCCGGAGACUCUUGCCUCCAUCAGAAGAAACGAGUUCCGGCCUUCCAAGGUGGAGAUGGAGGCGCUGUACGUGGAGGUACUAUACACGGUGUUCCACAAGGUGGGCGCGCAGCAGGGCGACAAGCGGGAGCACACCGAGGACCUGCCCAGGUACGCGCAGGCCGCCUUCCACAUCGAUCCCCAGGACCACGCCAGGCUGCAGGCCGUGGCGCAGGAGGAGAAGCCCCCAAUCUUAGUGCUAAACCUGGUGGUGGUUGAAGCAGAGAACCUUGAGGCGAAAGACCCUAAUGGUUUCAGCGACCCUUACUGCAUGUUGGGAAUACAGCCGGCCAUGCAGCAGGGCCACCCCGGUUCGCCCCGAGACGUGUACGGGAUCGCCCAGGGGUCACCGCCCCCCGACUCCCCCAGGGUGCGGCAGCAGGUCAGCCUGUCCUCCCGGAGCUCGUGCGAGGCCGAGGGCGAGAACGACCUCGAGCGGAGCGGCAGCUGCGAGAGCCCGAAGCCGUUCAGCAAGGAGAGCCUCAGGAAGCAUCACAGCUUCCGGUUAAGCUUCAAGAGGAAGCCCGCGGAGCCCAAGAAGGAGCGCGUGGAGCACCGGGACUCGCUCAGCAACGCCAUCCCCGCCAAGAUCAUCCGCGCCACGUCCGUCAAGCCGCACACACUCAACCCGCGAUGGAACGAGAAGUUCAGACUAGACAUCGACGACAUCAACUACGACAUCCUUCACUUGGAUAUCUGGGACCACGACGACGAGUCCAGCGUGUUCGACGUGGUGAGCAAGCUGAACGAGGUCAAGGGCGUCAAGGGACUCGGACGAUUCUUCAAGCAGAUCGCGCAGUCGGCUCGCGCGGGAGGCGGCCAGGACGACUUCCUCGGCUGCGUCAACGUGCCUUUGCAGGAUAUUCCAAGCACCGGCCUGGAUAAGUGGUACCCCCUGGAAGGCCGCUCCCUGCGAUCCAACAUCCAGGGCCAAAUCCACCUCAAGAUGUGGCUCUCCACGCGGGAGGACAGAGGCACAUCGGAGGAGGAGGCCUGGGUCGAGGUUCGACAACACGACCAGAUUAUUACCAUCUUUCUGUUGCAUGAACUCGCUAAAUAUAAGGACGACACCAUGUCCUGGGACGGGGAGCUGAGCGCCGCCGCCGAAGCCAUCCUGCACCAGCACGCCAUCCAGGGCGACCUCACGCCCCUCCAGCAGGCCAUCUGCCGCUGGACCGCCGCCGCCCGCACCCACACCCACAAGCCCUUGGACCACCGCGUCCUGCACCGCCUUCUGAUGGCCGUGCACGACCUGUGGGACACCGAGACGCUCAGCAAAGAGGAAGAGGAAAUGCUGGCGGAGUCCUACACCAACUUCCUCGAGCACAGCCUGACGGAGGUCAGACGCCACAGAGACGUCUUCCCGACGCCUUCCAAGACGCACGCCAUCCGCCUCGACGCGCUUCUGAGGUGCCUGGCCUUGCUCGCUGAGAGUCGCUCGUACUGGAAGGUGUGUCCGUUCCACAAGGAGGUGCGAGGCGAGGUCGUGGCGGCCGUCAAAAAAGGAGCCAUCGAAUGGUACGCCCAAGCGACGCUGAGGUACGACAGACAUAGGGAGGCCAGCAUCUCGACGGGCGGCGACGUAGCCCUCGAGUCCUUGGCCAACUUGGCGCUGCACUUGACCCUUGACCUCCAGGCAGGUCACGACUACUACGACCAUGCCUUCGCCUCAACGGCUCUAAAAAUUCCCUACGUUGCCUUGAACUACAAAAUCUUCGAAAAAGUGCUCUCCGAGGACACGCUGAAGGUCCUUACCAUCAUACAGAUGGACGAGGACAUCGAGUCCGAGGUGUGGCGGAUGUGCUCGGUGCUCCGGGACCUCGAGCUCAACAAGGAGGCCCCACACUACUUCCCCCACUGCUCCACGGCGCCCUUCGUCCUCUACCUGGCGCUCGCGGAGUUCUCCAGAUCGACCAGGUGACGCAGAUCCUGGACAGCCAAGACCCUCGGGGCAGCGGAACCACCUACACUGAUCACGUGACCAGCCUGCUCCUGGCCGGCCUCGCCAACCUCGACUCCAAGAUAGCCGGGUCCAUGUCUCCCGUGGCAGACAAGAUGCGCCAGGAACUGCAGAAGGACGUGUUCCACCUAGCAUGGUCCCCGGACUCCCUGCCUGCCGAGGAGGCCGUCCGACCCCUGCUGGAGCGCCUCUACGCCUCCCUGGCCACGUACUCGGCGGCGCUCCUGAAGAACAACCUGGACCGACUCCUGCACCUGCUGUGGCUGGCUGUGCUCAACGCCCUCACCGAGCAGAUUGGGAAGGACACGGACGAAAAACAGGAGGCGUUCUUCGUCCGCCUGUACGACGCCCUACGCCUCCUGAGGGAGUUCUUCCACGCCCACGGCCGCGGCCUUGACAACAACACGCUCAUGGGCGAGGAGUAUUCGUUCCUCGAAAGACAGCUGAGGCUCCACAAGACGCCGACGGACUCCCUGAUCGAGGCCUACCAUCUGGAGCGCCUCCUGGAGCAGGAACGCACGGAGGGCACCGAGUACGGCUCGCUGUUCGUGCGCGUCUACUUCAACCACGACUCGCUAUGCGUGGAGGUGCUGCAGGCCAGGAACGUCAUCCCGCUCGACCCCAAUGGCUUCAGCGACCCCUUCGUGGUGAUUGAGCUGCUUCCGAAGCGGCUGUUCCCGGGCUCGGGGCCGCAGCAGACCAACGUGCACAAGAAGACGCUGCACCCGCUGUUCGACGAAUGCUUCGAGUUCCCCGCCCCCCUCGAGAGCUGCCAGGCGGAGGGCGCCAUGAUCCUCUUCACCCUCAUGGAUCAUGACGUCAUCACCUGUAACGACUUCGGCGGCGAGGCCUUCCUCUCCCUCAACACCAUCCCGGGGGUCGCGUCCUCGGCGUCCGUCGAUAAUUUCCACGGCCUUAAACCCAUCGAGCUCAACCUUAUGUUCCAGAAGGAUCCAGAUAACAUAAUCCUGAAGGUUCUGGAAACCCGGACGAACGACAAGCUGGCGAUGGACUUUGUCAAGAAGCAGAAGGAGCGGAUCGCCAAACCGACUUAGAGCUCUUCACACUCAGUCGCGCCUUUUCAAACACAUUAAUGACAAAAGGGGAGUCACUUCUCAACCUCUUUGUGGCGGAUCAAUAAGCCCUUACAUAAAACAUCCAUGUCAGUCCAACGCGUCUCUUGGAGCCGGGAGGACUUUCUGCCCCCCCCCCCACCUCCCCCCGGCCACGAAGUCAGAGUCAAGGCCUUUGGGUUUCAUGAUCCAGUGGUGGAUCUGAAGGACAAUGGGGUGCCAAUCAUAUUAACAUCUCGAGGAGAAAAGGCUUUUUUUUAUCUCCAAGGCUUGUUAUGCUAAUCCACAAGUUGUUCAAGACUUUCGAGGCUGCCUGAAGAUCUGUUGUGACGUAUGCAAUCUGUUGCUCCGUACAGCCAGCCAGCGCACUCGACACUCAGCAUCGUUUGCUGUGUUUUUAUCACAGUGAAACAACAUCGACCUGUCUCACACAUUCAACAAAAGUAACGUUCUCUUUCUACCUAUACAUUUCACACUCCUCGCUAGAGAAAAACCCUCCAUUUCGGCCAUAAUACAGAAUUAUAGUAACUUAAGACAAUAUGAAUGAAAAUUUCUCAUUCCCUUUUAAUUCCUCAUUCACUUCGUAUGAGGAAGUCCUCAGCGCAGCCUCCUCCCACACAGCUGCCGCGGGGCGCUCGCGAAACAGGCUCCUCGUCUGGCUUCGGCCGACGCUCCCUCCCUGCCUCGCGGGCGAGUCGAAGAUGAGUAAUCACGUCUCAAAGUAGUUAAUCACAGAUUUACGCCCUUUUAUUAUUCUAGCAUAAGUAUAUGAGCAAUGACGAAAAAGUGUAUUUGGAAUGCUUGAGUACAAUACCUGGCUGAUUGCAUGAAUAUCCCCAUCUAUAUGAUUUACUGUAUGCAUACUUGCCUCAUGCAUAAUGCAUAUCUAUCUAUUCAUCUAUAUA